GCGGCGGCGCUCUCGGCGUGCUUGAGUCGCUGCCCCGAGCUGCGCGCCGCCAGGGACGAGGCCGGGCGGUCCCUGCUGCACCUGGCCGCGGCCGCCGGGGCGGCGGGCGCCGUGCGGGCCCUGCUCGGCCACGGCGCGCUCCUCGGGGGCUCCGCGGGCCCCGCCGCGUGCUGCGGGCUGGCGGCGUUCUCGGGGGGCCACCAGGAAGUCUUCGACCUGCUCGUGGGCCACGCCUGCCAGGCGACGCUGGCCGAGCGAGGGGGCGGCCCGGGGCGAGCGGGGGCGCGCCGCGGAGGCGAGGAGGAGGCGCCCGCGGCCAAGCGGCGGCGGCCCUCCCCGCAGGGCCCCUACCUGGGGCAGGCGCUGCGCUAUGAGAGCGGCCGGCUGCUCGACGCGAGCGGCCGUGGCAUCAUGAUGGGGUGGGAGGCUCCGCUGAUGCGGCGCCACGCGUGCGCGCUGCUGCCGAGCCCCGGGGGCGCGGCGCUCAACGUCGGCUUCGGGCUUGGGCUCGUGGACGGCUUCCUGCAAGAGCGCCAGCCCGGCUCCCACGCCAUCAUCGAGCCCCACCCGGACGUGCUCCAGGAGCUCGAGCGCCAGGGCUGGCCCAUGCGCCCGGGCGUCGCCGUGCACGCGGGCCGCUGGCAGGACGUGGUGGGCGAGCUGCGGGCGGGGUCCUUCGACGCCGUCUUCUACGACACCUGGCAGGAGACCUACGACGACCUCCUCGCCUUCAUGCGCGAGGUCCCGCGCUUGCUGCGGCCGGGCGGGCGCUUCUCCUUCUUCAACGGGGCGGCGCCCCACAGCAUCUUCGAGCACGCCGUCUUCUGCAGGCUGGCCCAGCAGGACCUGCACGCCCUCGGGCUCCGCUGCGAUUUCUGCCCCGUGGAGCUCGGGCCGCUCGGGGACGACGUGUGGCGGGGCGUCAGGCACCGCUACUGGGCCUUCGAGACCUACUACUUGCCGCUCGCCGCCAGCGCCGCCGCCGACGCGCUGGCCCGCCCGGAGCCGGAGGGCCCAGAGGGCUCCGACGCGUCGGUCUGGCGUCGCUGGCCCAGCGGUGCGGUGCGGGUGCACGACCGCGUCGGUGCCGGCGUGCCUCUGUCCGAGUUCGGGCUCGAGCCGUGA